CUUGCACACCUAUGCCUUCGCAACACGAGGAUGUAGGCACGGUGAUGCUUUGUUGAAACCUUACCGUGCGAGCAUCUGUCGGCAAUGAUCGUGGAUGUACUUAUGUUGACUUAUUAUCUAUAUAUAUGAAUCCCGACUACAUUUACAGGAGGCGGUGUUACGCACGUUUGGCCAGGACUCAUGGGACUUUGUUGAAAGGCUUCUGCGCGCGCCCCGCGUUUAGCCAAUGUUGACGACACCCGCGACGCGCCACCGAUGAACGUGAAAAGGAACCCGCAGCAGUAUCAGCACCAGCAGCUGCUGCUGCCGCUGCUGCUGCUACUGCGCUUGUGCCUGGCGGCGCUGUGCGUGCGCCGCCAGGCACCACACGGGCACGCCACGGCCUGCGGGCGCGGCGUUCACCUACGGCACAGCAACUGCUCACAGCCGGGAAUUGUUUGUACAAUACGAGAAGCAGCGGCCAAUCACCACAGCUGGUUCACGCCGGCAUCGUGGACACCCUCUGCCCCACGCUCCCUGAGCCUGAGCGUGGUCGUCGCUCCGGGAGCCGGUGGACGUCGCACUCCUUGGCUGCGCGCAAGCUGGGAGGUCAAUCCAGACGGAAGCAUAAAUCAUUUGGAUGGUGCAGAGCUAAUCAUCACCCAUGGCUCAAAAAGUCACCACAUCAUCUUCAACUUUAGCAAAGUCCCCUUCCCCAGGCGAAAUAAUCAUCUGGGACAAAAUUGGGAAUUUAGCUUCGACCAGUACGAGGUGGAGCCCUCGGACUACAUCACGGUCACAGUGUACCACCUGCCACGGCCAUCCACUGGGCAGGACGACGCUCACGUGCAAGAUAGCAUCAAGGUGCCAGAUUGCAAAAGUGAGGCGAUGAGAAAGACACACAAAUGCAUCGUCAGAGGAAUAAAUUGGGACCCAAAGAUGAACAUCACUCUGGCUUCAAACAGUCUACGUGUGUUCUUCAACACAGCACCUUACUUUGAUCACUACACGCUCGCUGUUGUCUUCCGUCGUGAAGAUGACAGGGACUGCUUCAAAGAAAUGGAGAUGAAUGUAAUGAAGACCUGGUUUUCACCUGAGGACGGCUGCUUGCGUUGUGGCCAAAACGUCGGUGCGUACGAUGCCACGGAAAGUGCCGUUUUUAUUAUCUCAUCUUUAGAGCGACACUGCGACCACGUUACAGUAAAAAUCCGUCCAUUCAACACUUGCUGCAAAAGCCUGUGCAAGGGAAGGAGGAGCAGCUUUGUUAUAGAUGCCGAAGGGGGACCUCGGUCACCGCUGGUCUACGCCUCGGUGGGAGGAGCGCUCGCGCUGCUCUUCGUGGUCACGCUGAUCGUGGCAGCGCUGCGCACCGCGCGUCCGCAGGCGAGAGCUGGGAAAGCGUGGACGGUGCACCGAGGCGGCUCGAGCGAAAGCGACCAACGUCGGCAGCACCACGCGUCUCCUCCCCACACCACGCCCGACCACCAGCUGGAGCGGCCUCGAGACCCCCCGACGCUGUUGAUCCUUUACUCGCUGGACCACGCUCUCUUCAAGGACGUGAUCCUGUCCUUUGCCUCGUUGGUCCAAGCACACUGCUCCGUGAAGGUCGCCCUGGGCCUCUGGAGCAGCGUGGAGGUCGCGCGCCGCGGGCCACUCGCGUGGCUGGCCGCGCGUCGGCAGGCGGCGAGGGAGACGGGCGGCCGGGUGCUGCUGGUGUGCUCCAGAGGCGUCGCUGCCAAAUGGGAGGCCCAUCGGGCUGCUGCCGCUUGUGCCGGAGAGGAGGGCGCAGCGCUGAGGCUCGGAGCGGAGUCCCACGCCGGUGACCACUUCUCGAUGGCGCUGCCACUGAUAUGCGGCGACUUGGGAACGCCGUCCCUGCUGGGCAAGUACGCGGUCGUGUACUUUGACGAGGUCAGCAACAAGAAGGAUAUCCCCGACGUUUUCACGCCAGCCAAGACGUAUAAGCUCACGAGCCAACUGGGAAAGAUGUGUCAGAUGUUGUCAAACUUGAACAGUGCCACAAGGAGACACAAACAAGUGAAGGACUGGAAUUUAUCUGCGAGUGGGAAAGCGCUCUGCGAUGCCAUUAAACAGUUUAAACUCUAUCAAAAACUGAACCCCAAGUGGUUUGAAGAUGAGUGUUUGAGAUGAAAUUGGUUAUACGUUAAUUAAUGAAGUGAAGACUUUCAUUUUCAUCAAAGUAAAGCUCCGUUGGGCCCUAUAAAGACAUGUUCUCAUUUUACUGGAAACUUUUUUUAAUAAACAAAGCUGAUGUUCUGGAUGAUUAUGCUGCAUUGUCCCAAGCAAGUGCAGUUUUGUAAUCUCGAGCAUUUUCACUCUCCAAACUCACAAGUGUGAAGAUUCACAAUGUCUAAAGCCUCAGUAAUCAUUAUUUAUAAAUGACCCCCUUUUCAAUAUCUUCUUUAAUUGUUGCAGCAUUUUCCUUGUCACAAGAAACCCGAUGCCAUCUGAAUGCAGGUAACAAGCACAAGUGCCUCCGAUGGUUUCGUUUAUUCACCGACCCAUCAACAACAAAUGUUGUCUCCGUGUCUACUUAGUUCUUACUGAUCUUAAAUGUACGUAUGUACGUUGAACUUCUUUCGUAGCCUACCAUGCUUAUCGGAGGUGCGAAAUAUAAGUACAUGUAUGAUCUGAAAUACAGAUGCAAUUGUGACAUUUGUAGGCAAAACAGAGCCUGGUAAGAGCAGAUUUAUUCUUCAAGAAGGGAAACCGGAAUUUUAAGGUUCAUUGUGCUCCUUUGGCCCGACUUCUCCACUAUCGGCUCUGUGUUCUGUCUGAAUCUCCCAUCAAUCUCCGUGCAACCUCCAAAUACUCCAGAAGCACCGCUGGGAACAUGCUCUGUAUCUUCUGCUUCUGUGGCUGAGUGUUUCCUGCUGUAUACGGCCAAUAUUCUUGGUCACAGCUCGUCAAGGAGCAUAAGCCAUCAUGAAAAAUCCGGUCAUCCCUCGCAGUAGCUUUUGGCGAACCAUCAAACAAAGAUGGUCACUGCAUUGUGCGCUUUCAGAUGCACCUCUGCGGCCAUCUGGAACGCUCUUCCUUCCGAAACUAGAAAGCCACUGGAGCCAUGCACUUUUAAAUCUCAGUUGAAAACAAUUUCUUUCCAACUUUUUGUGUUUAGUUUGUUUUCCUUCCCCCGCACCUCCGAUGGCUACACAUGGUGUGAAAGAAGUUCAGUAUAUGUACUCUGGCUCAAGUGAGCCGGCUCCCGAGCCACGCUCAGGAUUUUCCACGGAGGUGAGCCGGAGACGUUCACGUGGUGUACCGUUUAUGAAAGUAUGUAGCUUCAACCACAACGGAUCCGAGUUAGAAGCUAAACCAGAGCCAAGUCAUGAGUAAGAAUACGGUGCCCCCCCCCCGACCCUAGGUUUACCUCAUUAGGUUGGUUAUACUCACCCCUCCCCUGUUAUCCCAUCCCCAUUUGAAGUUCCAUCUUCUCCCCGAGUGUGGUGUCCGCACUUGGUUGAGCCAAGGGGGCCACUCUCCUCCCCACCUAUCAUCUCCCCUCCUGUGUAUGGUUCGGUUGCCGUCGGGACUGCGUCCUCCGUGCGAGCCUAGCGGCGUGCUGGCUGUAUCGGGGCUCUCGCGUUUUUUAAACAAUAAAAGAAAG